CAAAAACAUAUGUUUUGGCUCUUUAAAGAGUGUUUAUCUCAGCGAAAUCUAGUCAGAAAAUGCUCAGUUUGCGCGAAAGAGUGUGAAAAAUGGCAGAAAAAACGAUGGACGCGGGGACUUACAAGAAAUUCCACGAGAGUUUCAUGCAGAACAACAAUGGAUCGUCAAUUGUUGAGGUGUUUGGCGUGAUUGUUGCCCCAUAUUUCACAAUUUUCCACUGCAUAAACCUGGUGUUGGUGGCGAAUAUUGUGAGUAUCCCGUUGCGAUUCCUGCUGGAAUUCCUCCUGAUCGUGCUGUUCAUUGUGGCGAACGUAACAGUGGCGAAUGAGUACAUUCCGGGCAUUGUCCUGACACUUCUCACUGCUUCUGUGGCGGCGGCAGCCGGUCAGCUGAGAUUUGUCCUGCACGAAGCGCCAUUCAUCCAAAUCCCCACGACAAAGCCGCAGUUCGUCAGCAUGGCCAGAGCUCUGAUCAAUCUCAUCAGUGUGGUGUGCAUUCUGGCGGUGGAUUUUCAGUGCUUUCCCAGGAGAUUCGCCAAGACGGAGACUUACGGCGUGUCUCUGAUGGACGUCGGAGUGGGAUUAUACGUCUUCGCCAAUGGCAUAGUGUCACGCGACGGGAGACGGACUGAAGAGCCGCUCUCUUGGAAGAAGGUCAAGAAUCUGGCCAUCUCCAUCUCACCACUGAUUGUCCUGGGCGUUGGCAGGAGUGUCAGCGUGUCUGCAACCAACUAUCACGAGCACAUUUCCGAGUACGGAGUCCACUGGAACUUCUUCAUCACUCUGGCUGUCACGGCAUUCCUGGGAGCGCUUCUCGUGGCGCCGCUCAGAGACAGAGAUCACCUGAAGUUCGUGGCCAUUGUUAUCGUUACAAUCCAUGAGAUGUGCCUGCAACUGGGCUUGGCCUCGUUCGUCCUCUCCGACAGUCGAGAGAACCUCUUCGAGGCCAACAAGGAGGGCAUUUUCUCCCUGCCCGGCUACUUGGCCAUCUACAUCGCCUCCAUGUACGUCCAGAACAGUCUUCGCUGGUCAGAAUCAGUGAUAAAAUGGCGGGAAUUCCUGCUGCAGACCGCGAAGAUGGGACUGAUCGCGCUGUGUCUCUGGAAGAUGGUUUACAUCGCCGAGGAGAUGUUCGGCAUCUCUCGCCGUCUGGCCAACAUGGGCUACGUCAUCUGGAUCCUGGCUAUCGGCACGACUAUGGUGGCUCUACUAAUGCUUCUGGAAUUGGGCUACUACUUCCUGAAGUUCGACAAGACCAAAUCCGACGAGUGCGUCCAUCAGUACGGGCCCGUAAUCCUCAAUGCCAUCAACCACAACGGACUGAUCUUCUUUCUGGUGGCGAAUCUGCUCACAGGAGCCAUAAAUCUGACCGUGCAGACAAUGCUCCUGGAUACUGUGACCAGCCUGGCCAUUGUGGCGGUCUACAUGCUGAUUCUCUGCUCCCUGCAGACGAUUUUAUACGUGUACAAAGUGGACUUGAAAUUUUGGUGAAUAAAUUUCAUGUCCUACAUAA